GAUACAAAGAAGCAAAAGAUUAGAUUAUUGGAAAGAGAUAUUUACAUCUUGGCCUUUUCCCAACCCCGCCCAUGAUUCUGAUGUUAGAUUCUUGCUUGGCUUCCCCAAUCCCAGGGCAUAGAAUGGGGCAGAAUUCUAGUCUUGAAUGUGAAAUUUAUAGUGAAAAUGUUAAAAUCCCUGAAAUUUACAAUGAAUUAGUUUAAAAUAUUAAUCUUUUAAGUUUGUCGAAUGAAAUGCGUACUUAAGUGAGAUGCGUAACUAAAUGGGUGCCUACUUAAGUGGAAGGCCUUCCAUUUAAGUAGGCUACUGUACAGUACGAGACUUCAGAACACCCGGAAUGAGUCCAGCAGACCUCCGAAACAGUCAGAACAUGCAUGAUUUCAUGCUCGGGAAAACUGACGCGUAUGCUUAUAUAGGAGGAGUCUUGACCUGCGUGGACCAAGUGACACGUCCUUUCCUGGAUUUUGGAAUCGAAGAAACGUGUCGAAAUGGCCAACCUGGACUCCUCACAGGCCCAGGUCCGAGGUGGACGAUUUGUCCACGCGGCGGAGUACCGGCAGAACCCUUGGUGUCGACUGGACCUUGGUUUUCCUCCAAGGUUGGAAUGAAUGAAGACUGUGGACCAGCCGCAAGUUCAAAGUCGAAGUUCGGCCCGGCGAAUGCGGUCGCACUUUGAAUUUGAAACUUUGUCUCGAGACCCCGAAGGCUCUUGAAUGCGCGGCGCACCGUUGUGCUCGCGAGUACUCCGAGUCCAAUGUCGAGGCACGCUCCCCUGAGCGCCGGUGCUGGGCAGUCCAUUCGAUGAUGUCGAUGGAGCGCAAGAAGCAGAGAGUGUAGAGAAAUGCUUGUUUCUAAUCCAGGGGAAGUGGAUUUUCAUGGCGGACUUCCGAUUAUGCGAUGGAAAGAAACGUAGUUGUGAGAUCGCAAUACGCUGAUGUACUCCAUCAGAUGGGUUGCAGGUAAGCAAGCGUACAUUCGGGAUACCUGCGUUCCCGAGAUCGAAGGAAUGGGAGAGGCCAGAAGCGGAAAUUCGCUAGCAGUUUCAAUUGACAUGCCCCCCCGGCCCCCUGUUGGAAAGCCUUCUGAUUUUCGACACGAAGUUGUAUGAUGUUAAUCUGUCGACCGCACACCGGUAACAAUCUGUAUACUUUGUCGGUGGAAGUAAGCGCAGUAUCCUCCACUACUCGGAGAUGGCUUUCGAUGUUCCGUUGCCUCCCUUAGGCAAGCGACACAAUGACGGAUGGAAUCUAGUGCAAACUAUCAUCGGGUCGGUUCCGGCUGGCGCCCAUUCAUCGUUGGCACAGGGAAAUUUGCUAACUGUAGGGUUAGUCGAAGAUUCUUGGAUCCAUCAGGACAAAAUAUACCCCUGUAGAUUCGUAGCUUUCAUUGAGGGUUGAAUGUAGUCGAUUGUCAGAAACCCUACGUAGGAAUCGUCGAGUACAAAACAAGAUUUUCGUUGAACUAUGAAGACCUUGCCCGGCCUUGGACUGGGCACCCUUGGGAACGACCUGGCUUCGUUGACUGUCUGCGGUGAUUCAUGUUUUCGACCCAGAGAGAUAAUUGUAGAACCUGAACUCAUUCUGGAUCCGACGAUAUGGAGUCGGUUGCCCGACUUCAUCAUCGAGAAAAUCAUUGCGCGGUUGCCUGUUCCAGACUUAUUCCGCUUCCGCGCAGUUUGUAGGCAGUGGAAUAACUUGAUGACGAAUCCAGGGUUCCUCGGCUCCUGCUCGGACGCUCCUCAAGCUGGCCCCUGGUUCCUGUUAUUCACCCGAGGUGAUUACAGAAACGGCAUAACUCACAAUCACAUCACGAACAAGUGGCAACGGAUCCCUCUUUUCUCCCAUCUCCCUCCCUACGAAUCACUCUAUCCUUGUGCAGCAGCCAAGGGGCUGGUCUGUUUUAUCUCCAGGUUCAAUGCUCUAGGAUCAAUGACUUUGGUUGUAUGCAAUCCCUUGACGAGUUCUUGGCGAGAGCUGCCUCCCAUGGUGGAAAUCCUCCCCCUGUACGCCGUGGGGAUUCUUCCGGAAAGCGAGAGGGGCAUCUACCACGUCGUUGUGUCAGGGCUGAGGCGAAUUCCUCACACCGGCAGAAACGCCAGAGAAACUUGUCGCUUGAGGCCUACGACCGAGGUAUUCACUUCCACAAAUAAUUGUUGGAAGACAACCGGUGGUAUGCCUCCUGGAUCAUACCACUCUUUAGCCGUUCCCUGCAACGGAAUUCUCUACUCUUGGUGUUAUGUCUCGGAUGCCCUUGUGGCGUACAAUGUGUCCUCGGCAUGCUGGACACAGAUUUAUGCUCGCAUGCCGCGAUUUUUUGAAGGCCACAGGCUUGUAGAAUGCGAUGGGCACCUCUUCAUGGUCGGUGGCCUAAAUAAAGACAAUGUCACGAAAGGCAUUUACGUGCUGGAGUUUCAGUGGGACAACAUGGAGUGGAUCAAAGUCGAUCGCAUGCCCAAGCUCCUGUGUGAACAAUUUCUGCGUUACGGGACGGAUUUUCGCUGCGUCGGAUACAGCGAACUGGUUCUUUUGUACGUGGUGAGAUACAGGCGGAUACGGCUUGCUGUGCUUUACGAUCUCACAAAAAAAUUGUGGCGAAGACUCCCUCCAUGUUCUCUUGCUGAAGAGAGGUUGAUCCAUGGGAUUGCUUUCGAACCGAGGCUGGAUGCCAUGGCGUAAACGAUUAGCUCCUCUGCGAUCAUGAAACCGCUAACUUUCUCGCUUGCUUGUGACAGCUGGUCCUGUCUCAAGCUCACCUUCCUCAUCGAACUCAGCACAACUCGUCUGUUAAGUCUCUGGGGAUGUCUAAUACUGUUGUUUGAGACUAGUGCAACCUCCGUUUUCAUCGUUACUGAACUUGCCCACGUUCGCGAACUCAUUGUUCUCUUCCUCGGAGGUCUUAAUGACCGAAAGAGCCAUCAUGGCGCACUCCCUGCAGACACGCCCGCCACCUGCAAUAACCAGAUGAGAAUUAUGAGAUGUGCUCAUUCAGGAGAACGGUACAGUAGGAAGUGGUACGAUUCUCCUCGCUGAGUUUUUAGAAACCAUGGAAAGAUGUGAGGUUUCAACUUCAAACCGGGUUUCUAAUCUUCGGCAUUAGUCAUAUUGCUCACUCGUGCUCAGAAAGUAGAGAAGUGUUGAUCAGCCACAUAAAUUCGUACAGUGCUGUGGCUGGUGUCCCAGGGAAAACCACUCUCCCUUGCCUUACUUUUUUGGAAAUUAGUUCGGCUCCGUAAUUUCUUUGGUGGGGUUCUCAUCCCUCGUAAAAGGGAAACUCCCUCUGAGCAUGGGGCCGGUACGUCGUAUGAAAGGUAUCCUUCACUGUGACGAGUAAAUCUACCACCAAGCAAUAAUACGGAAUUACUGACUUGGGGUUGUUGAGCUUCGUAACACGGACUACAAGCAACAUGAGCUGCUGCUCCGUUGCUUAUAGUCCGUGCCUGCGCAUGGGGUGAAGCUCGAUGAGAGGAUGAUGACCUCUCUGCUGAAAAGCCUUAAGGAACUUAGUGAAUCGAGAGGCAACCCUAACAACUGUUUUGAGACAAAAAAGUAUCGGAUUGACUCUUGUCUGUUCUUCUGCAGGGUAAGAUCGUAAAUAUCGCAGGCUAUUGGACGGCCCGGAAGCCCCAAACAACCGUUGUGGGCUUGUUCUUACAUCACGUUAGGCAUCGGAUGCGGUUUUAUCCAACCUUCUCUGCACCGGAUCCAAGCUUCUCUACCAAAAGGCAACUUAGGCCUCAUAGCUAUAGUGGUCCUCUGAUCUUUACGAGGUCUGGAGCACUUAACACGAAGUUCAAAUCAUGUCCUCUGGUCUUAUGACUAUUAUCGAUUUGGAAGUAUUCAACUGCAUGUGGUCAGCAGUUCUAAAGAAGUUGACGCCUAAAAGAG